AUGGAAGAUAAUGCUGCUGGAGUGUACAUAUACAGGACAUCUCUUCCAGUCGCACAAUUCAGCCGCGGCGACUUCUCGCUCUGGUCGGUAUUGAAGAAUUGCGUGGGAAAGGAACUGUCGAAAAUCACCAUGCCGGUGGUGUUCAACGAACCGCUGUCGUUCCUGCAGCGUAUGCUGGAGUACCUCGAGUAUGCUCACCUGCUCCGGAUGGCGUCCGAACAGACGGAUCCCGUCGCCAGGAUGGAGUACAUUGCAGCUUUCGCCGUAAGCGCGCUGGCUUCCAACUGGGAGCGACUCGGCAAGCCAUUUAAUCCUCUACUUGGAGAAACUUACGAGCUCGAGCGGCCCGAGUUCCGCGCAGUAUGUGAACAGGUUUCACAUCAUCCGCCAGUGUCGGCGUUCCACGCGGACAGCCCGCACUUCGUGUUUCACGGCUCCGUGCACCCAAAGCUCAAGUUCUGUGGAAAGAGUGUCGAGAUACAGCCUAAAGGACACGUCACUGUUGAAUUGCCAAGGUGGGGCGAAGCAUACACUUGGACUAAUGUGAACUGCGUCGUGCACAACGUGAUCGUGGGUAAGCUGUGGAUCGAGCAGUACGGCGCCAUGGAGGUCACCUGCCACGGGGGCGCUGCACUUAAAGCCAACCUUGUGUUCAAGCCCGCAGGGUUUAACAACCGUGACCUUCAUAGAGUCGACGGCUUCAUAACUGACGCUAACAAGAAAAAACUACGAUUCCUUUACGGGAAGUGGACAGAGUACAUUAAAUGCUGCAGCGCUUCUGCUUACGAGCAGUGGGCUAAGGAGCGUGGGGAAGAAGCAGGCACCCAGCAGACUCCCUCGCACACUCCCAAAAAAGUCCUCGCGAAGUUAAACAGUUUCAAAGUGGGAGCUCUCCGAUCUAUGUCUAUACAAGAUACUGAGGAAACAGAAAAUUCUGAAGACGUGCCCAAGCCCGACGAGUCCUACAAUAUAGACAUUCCAGGAUCGACUACAUUGUGGGAAGCAAGACCGCGGCCUAGCAACAGCGCUCAGUAUUACCAGUUCACGGAGUUCGCAAUGUCGUUGAACGAGCUGGAACGCGACAUGAAGGGGCAGCUGUGCCCGACUGACAGCCGGCUGCGGCCGGACGUGCGCCUGCUGGAGCAGGGCGACAUCGACGCGGCCGCCGCCGAGAAGACGCGCCUCGAGGAGAAGCAGCGCACCGCCCGGAAGCUGCUCAAGAAGAACGCGGACCCCUGGCAGCCCAGGUGGUUCAGUCAAGGUACGAAUCCCUAUACGAAACAAGAGGAUUGGCUCUACAACGGAGGCUACUGGGAUCGCAACUACCAACAUUUGAAAGACGUUGAUAUUUUCUAA